ACUGAGCAUCUGCUUGCGGUCGCUUGGAACCUAUGUGAAAUUUCCUAUAAGAGGAGGUCGACGAUCGAUUCUACCUCAAAUAGUUUUCUGACGUCGAGUAAAUUGUGUUGGUGGAUUAGUGGUUGGCCUAUAUUUUGCAAUUAAUAGAAAUUUACAAGUGUAUAUUGUAUUACAUUAUUUUAUUAAAUACAAAAUGGCAUUCGCUGGCAAAGAAAACAUCGCAGACAACUUGGAGAAAUUUUCACUGAAGAGUCCAAGAAAAAUUUUGACUGACGUUAAUAACAUUUGUAAAAUGUCAAUUGGUGACGAGGAUUUGUCUUCUAAACAGGAGUCAACAGUCGAAAAAGUAACAACACUAGCUAGUAAGCCUGCAACACCAUUUGACCCAACAAUUGAACCAUUGCUGAAAGAAAAUCCACGUCGUUUCGUAAUCAUGCCAAUUGAGUAUCCCGAUAUUUGGCAAAUGUACAAGAAGGCAGAAGCGUCGUUUUGGACAGUUGAGGAAGUGGAUCUUUCUAAAGAUAUGGAUGAUUGGGCACGUCUCACUGACAAUGAACGGCAUUUCAUCUCACACGUAUUAGCCUUUUUUGCCGCAUCUGAUGGUAUUGUUAAUGAGAAUUUAGUUGAACGAUUCAGUCAGGAGGUCCAAGUUACAGAGGCACGUUGUUUCUAUGGAUUUCAAAUUGCUAUGGAGAACGUGCAUUCCGAAAUGUAUAGUAUAUUAAUCGAUACAUAUAUUAAGGAUUCGAAACAAAGGAACUAUUUAUUCAAUGCUAUUGAAACGAUGCCUGCCGUAAAGCGUAAGGCAGAUUGGGCACUUGCUUGGAUUUCCUCAAAGUCGGCAAACUUUGGUGAACGUGUAAUUGCAUUUGCAGCUGUGGAAGGUAUUUUUUUCAGUGGAAGUUUUGCGUCGAUCUUCUGGCUUAAAAAACGUGGUUUAAUGCCUGGCUUAACGUUUUCCAAUGAGCUAAUCUCACGAGACGAGGGUCUGCAUUGUGAUUUCGCAUGUUUGAUGUUUCAACAUUUGAUACAGAAGCCAAGUAAUGAACGAAUUAUUGAAAUCAUUUCCGAAGCUGUUAAAAUUGAGCAAGAAUUCUUAACUGACGCUUUGCCCGUAAAUUUAAUUGGUAUGAAUUGCAAAUCAAUGUCCGAUUAUAUAGAAUUUGUGGCUGAUCGCUUGUUAGUCGAGCUGGGAGUGGGGAAGAUCUACAACACACCAAAUCCUUUCAGUUUCAUGGAACUUAUUUCAUUAGAUGGCAAAACGAACUUUUUCGAAAAGAAGGUUGGAGAAUACCAGAAAUGGGGUGUUACUGCUAAUCGAAUGGAUCAUGUUUUUACAUUAGACGCUGAUUUCUAGAGACGACUUGUACCUUCCAUUUGUACAUAUACCUAUACACAUAAUUUUAUAUAUUAAUAUUUAGUUUAUACAAACAAGAGAAUCUUAUGAUAAUUUACUACACUUACCUGACACAUGCAUUAUAACCUUGUAUUCUUAUUGUAUGUAGUUACAUAUGUGUCAUCAUUCACAUUUCACAAUGUUUCAUAUUUCAAUUUAAAAACAUGCAUAAAGACUAAAAUAGAUUGUAAUAAAUAGACUAAGCUAUCAAAAUAAAACAAUGAAACAAAUUAA